AUGGAUGUCUUAAGUGUGGAAAACUGGGGCAAAGGCGCACGAGAAGUGGCAGUCCUCGACUCACGACAGCACAGUCCGAGAGUGAUGGAGGGGAGGGGAGGGGAGCAGCACCUCGAGGAGUCCUGCUACGAACCUGGACUGACGCUCGUGGACAGCGGCAGUGACCCACGCGCCUGGCUGGCUCCGGUGCAGCCUUCUGGCACCUGCACGGCACACGCCACUUCACCCGACUACCUGCAGCACUCGCCUUGCCCGAGCAUUGGCUCCUACCACGAGAGUGGCUCCCCGGGGUCCUCGGGCCAUCCCAGCCCUCCCAGCUACAGAAAAACUGCCAAGAGUCUCUCCUCUUCUUCGCUCAAAGUCAGGGAGCUCUGCCGUCUGAAAGGCACGCUCAUCGGACCAGAGGAGGACUCAUCCACGAGACAGAGAGCCCCGUCCAGCAAAUCGACCAACGGGGUCGUGAAGCAGAGACGCGUGGCCGCCAACGCACGCGAGAGGAGGCGGAUGCACGGGCUCAACUACGCGUUUGACGAGCUGCGCAGCGUCAUCCCGGCGUUUGAUAACGACAAGAAGCUCUCCAAAUAUGAAACCUUACAGAUGGCACAGAUUUACAUCAACGCCCUGGCUGAUCUGCUCCAAGGUCCGGUGUCCUCCUCCAACAACAGCAACAACGACAUCCCCAAAAAUAACAACUCGCCAAAGUGUGACGUUAUGCUUUCAACCGCUAUUGGUUUUGACGGAUCAAAGGACAGGGCUUCCCCGUCCACUGCAACUUGUAGAACAGCCGCGUCUGUGCCCGCCUCAGGUGGUAAGUUACCUGUUCACAUCGGCGGGAUGCCUUUCCGCUCUUCCUUUGACGACGGUUCGUUUUCUGCCAUGGUCGAAAAAGCGAGGUGUUCGCCCUCUCCUUCUUCGUCCGCACAGGCAGGCAAUUCACUCACAGUGAUCGGAGGAGGAAGGAAAGCGUCUCCCCGGAGCGACGGAGAGUUUUCCCCGCACUCACACUUCAGUGACUCAGAUGAAAUAGUGAUGGAGCUCCACUCAAGUGAAGAAGAUGAUCUUACAGAACUAAAGCUACCCAGCCACCACCACCACCACACGGUUUCUUUCUAA